GUCCCUCUGCUCAGUUUAACUCUCUCCGCCAUUUGAGAGGGAGGAGACAGAGGGAUCCCAGAAACCCUCCGAAGCUUCUUGCCCUCCAAAAAUCCUAAUUCUCUUCUUGAUUUCGAGCUCCUCUUCCUCUCUUCUCUUCCCUACUCCGAGCUUGUCGAUCCUCCUACCUAUCUAUCCUUACCCAUGGCGGUGCUCCCGAUUCUUGAAUUCGAAGGGAAGAUCGUGGAGACCGUGGACGAGAACCCGGUGGUGGUGAUCAUCGGCGAGACGGGCUCAGGGAAGAGCACUCAGCUCUCCCAGAUCUUUCACCGGAGAGGAUACACCCGUUCUGGGAUGAUUGCCGUCACCCAGCCUCGCAGGGUUGCCGCGGUGUCUGUCGCUAGGAGGGUUGCGCUGGAACUUGGUGUUCAACUUGGUGAAGAAGUGGGUUAUGCAAUCCGUUUCGAAGAUCGAACUUCUUAUAGAACCUGCAUUAAGUAUUUGACAGAUGGCUGUCUACUUCGUGAGAGUCUAUCAAAUCCAGAGUUAGAGCAGUACUCGGUCAUUAUUUUGGAUGAAGCCCAUGAACGUAGUUUGAAUACUGACAUAUUGCUGGGGUUGAUGAAACGGUUAAUCAAGACACGUUCUUCAAAUUUAAAAGUUCUUAUCACCUCGGCAACCUUGGAUGGUGUAAAGGUAUCAAGAUUUUUUUCAGGUUGUCCUGUGUUGAAUGUCCCAGGGACAUUGUUUCCUGUGGAGAAGUUGUACAGCACCGAGCGUCCCACAAAUUAUGUCGAAUCUUCUCUUAAAACUGCUCUUGAUAUACACGUCCGUGAACCGCCUGGGGAUGUCUUAAUAUUCAUGACAGGACAGGAUGAUAUUGACAAAAUGGUGUCAAAAUUGGAGGAAAGAAUUCAAGACCUUGAGGAAGGUUCUUGUAUGGAUGCUAUUGUCCUCCCACUUCAUGGUUCUUUGCCACCUGAAAUGCAGGUACGUGUAUUUAGUCCAGCACCACCAAAUUGUAGGCGCUUUAUUGUUGCGACAAAUAUAGCUGAAACUUCUUUGACUGUUGAUGGUGUUGUGUAUGUUAUUGAUUGUGGUUAUGUGAAACAACGUCAGUACAACCCAUCAACUGGGAUGUAUUCUCUUGAUAUCGUGCAAAUUAGCAGAGCUUCCACUGGAGCCUUCACUUUCAAGGACUUUGAUUGAGGCAAAUGAGCUGGGCUGUUUGUCUCAGGCUUUGACCGUUGUAGCAAUGUUAUCAGCAGAAAUUACAAUUCGUCCUGCGAGAAGUAAGGCCAAGGAGAGGAAGAGGAGGCAGCCAUUAUCAAACCUUCCUGAUGGUUCUGGCUGGGGUGAUCACAUUCAGUUGCUUCAAAUAUAUGAGCGCUGGGAUCAAGCUGACUAUGAUCUGAAUUGGUGUAUGGAUAAUGACUUGCAGGUACGAAGCAUGAAGUUCUGCAAGGAUGUUAGGAAGCAAUUAUCUCAGAUAAUACAGAAGAUUGCAAAAGGGCCAGUGGAUGUACAAUCAAGCUUAAGAUAUAAAAAGGGUGAAAAGGACUACCAAAAAUUGAGGAGAGCUUUGUGCAUGGGCUAUGGGAAUCAGCUGGCCGAGCGAAUGUUGCAUCACAAUGGCUACCAUACACUUGGUUACAGGUCACAACUUGUGCAGGUACAUCCAUCCUCAGUUCUAGAAGCUGAUGAAGAUGGGCAGUUGCCAGACUAUGUCAUGUAUCACGAACUCAUAAAUACCUCUCGCCCUUUCAUGAGAAAUGUCUGUGCAGUUGAAAUGUCAUGGGUUCUGCCCAUCUUAAAGAAACUAGAGAAAAUGGACACCAACAGACUAAGCCUGUUAACUUGUUUUCCAAGCCAAUGGUGGUGCCGGCGUUUCAAAGGGGUGUGAACCCACGAAGGACAAACUAACGAACUCACCCAUGAAGGAGGGUAAUGAUAGCAAAAAACCAGACUCGGUGGAUAGUAAAAUUCAGGCAGCUCGUGAGCGUUAUCUUGCCCGAAAAGCAAAGAGAUAGCAACUGCAUCCUUCAUGACAAAAGGAAGUUAGAAUGUUUAUGUCGAAGCUAUAGGAGAAAUUCACAAGGAAUUGAUAACUUUUUUUCAAUGCACUGAGCAAUCAUACGUUUGUAAAACUGCACCAAGUUUUUGAUGAACUGUAAUAUUCUUUUCAAUAUUGGGAGCCCCUCUUAAAGGGGUAACACGUUUGCAUGUCUUUUUUAUUUUCUGAUAACAAAAGAAGGGAAUCCCCAAAUGGGCACUGUCCAUCUUGUUGAUUA